AUGGUGGCGGAUGCAAGGCACAGACGCAGGGGGAUCGAUCUCAGCAGGUUCUGCCGCCAGUACAUGCAUAGAAUCUGCAGCUUUGGGGCGAGGUGCCGAUACGAUCAUGUCAGCUACUGUCUCACCUAUGCUUCGACUGGCAGAUGCAAGAGGGAUCGUCGGGGCAGGUGCGACUUCGUUCAUGCCGAUGUUUGCGAGCACUGGAAGAAUGGCCGAGCUUGCCCACUCAAUCCAACAUGCCCGUACUUGCACAUCACGCUGCCUGGAGGACCACCACAGCCCCUGCAGGUGCAGCUUGUGCCCCGAGCACCUGAAGAUCCGGAGCAGCUACUGGACCAGGAUCCAGAGGAGGUGUCUCUGGAACCCGAGGAAAGUCAACUUACUGCAGGGGCAGCGGCAAGAUUUGGUUACCUCGGUUUCGGUGACUCAGAUGUGGAGAACGACACAGACGGCGAGCAUAGUGAGGAUCUGGCAGAAGUGCGUGAAGAGCCACCCGAGCGAGAACCCGCGGCUGCCCGCCGACGAGCUGCAAAGCCGCCCCAGCGAUCCACAACUGAGGUCGCAGCGCAGUACCGUCCCCACGCACCGGUGACCCGACGGGAACUAGAGGGAAGAAAGCGCAGACCGCUCAAAAUGAAGGGAGAAAAGGACACGAACGUGAGGCACCGCUGGAUGGUUACUUGCCGCCGCUGCAAGAAGCAGAUCAUGACGGUCUUCAAUCAUCGCGUAAUCGCGAAGUCAGUUUUCAAAAACCGAGCUCUUCGGGGAUACUGGCUCAGGCAGGCCAACGGCCAGCUUUUCGGCAGAGUUGGCCUUCAAGGCACUCAAAAAAGGCUAAGCUGCCAAAAGAGCCUCCCAGGUCCAGACCACUGGGACGUGUCGCGUGCUUCCGAUCGGCGGCUCGAGCGCAGGAUCUUGAAGGGUCAGCUACUGAAGCACCAGUUCCAAUUCCACGCUGGCGAAGAGUGUGCACCAAACGCUCCGGAGAUGCGCUUUGAGGAGCAGUGUGGCUUGAAGCGCCGCAUGGAUGGGGUGAAAGCGGCUGAUGAAGGUGGCUACGAUGGCGAAGCUUUGGCUCUGGAUGAUGACUUGUAA